GGCUAAUCCCGAUGAAUGACAAACGGUUAAGCCAAUUGCUGUAAAGGCAAUUUAUAUUCCCAUAGUAUCUUUAUUUUGGGAAACCAUAAAAAACGCUCAUGACACGGAGAGGGACGACCAACCAGGCGUAAAGCUAAUAAAAUCAUCUGUGGCGACAAUCCGCUCUCAAAUUGGCCUCAAUCGGGAGCUGAGAAAAUUCACUCGCGGGCUUUUCUUUCUUUCUCUCUCUCACACACACGCGCGCUCGCGCACACACACGCGUCCACCCCACGGCCAACAUUUUUAGACUGCUAUGUCGUGACCGGAGCGAUGCAAAUGUCACACGAUUCAUUGGCUACUGUCAGUCUCCGGCACAAAAACGUCAAUGUUUUGGUGGCCUUUGGAUGAAAUUCGCUCCGUGUUGUCCGGCUGCCGCUGUGAAAGGGGGUCGGUAGAGACCCGGGGCUUCGCUUCAGCACCUGGACAGCUCCCCUCACAGGGUUCCCCGCUGCGCUCGCCGGGGAAACCCUCGGCUGGGGGAGCGGAACCUGGAUCUGGAUCAGCCCCUCAGCGAUCCCAGCCAGGAGAGGAGAGUUGCGCUUAAAAAGGGCGGUUUUUAUUUGAUCGCUCUGAUAAUGCUUAGAAGCUAAUAUGAUCUUGCCGAGUGACGAUGCUUCUUGCAUUUGAGCUUCAGCCCCUCUUUGGUUUUGCACUGAAAUCCAAGCAGCGCAAGGGAGCAGCGCAAGCAGCAGCAGCAGCAGCAGCAGCGGUGGUGGUGCUCGUCCAAUGCAAAAGUGCUAAGGAUAGCUGCAGCCUACACACACUGCGAGCCUGCUGCCGCUUCACUUACUCUGAUCACCACCGAGGGAGACAUUACUAUCAGCAAGGGGGCAGCGGGAGGCACAAUUACCCGUCAACAAUGUAAAUCUCACACAGGAGCUAAUAUUACUCGGAUGGAAGGAGCGUGGGAAGUCUGACAUGCACCCAACUCUGAGGAGCUGCAAGCAGAUAAACGCUUUAUGGCUAAGAUUAAAAGUUUACAUUUGUAAAAAUUACUCUAUUUUGGGGUUACUACUGUCUUUUGGUGACUGCUUGGAAUAUAAACCCUGUGUCUUUGGCAUGUCCCUCAGUAGGAUCCCCAGAUUUGAUUUGAACUUUUCAAAAGAAUAUAGAACUUUUACACCUCAGAGUUUGGAGUUGAUACUAUCCCUGUGUGUUGUUGAGAAGUUUCAUUUAUUACAGUCAUGUAUUCAUUAAUGUUAGACUUCUAUGUUGUUAUUAAUUUAUGUACUGUUCAAAAUAUCAGAAAUGUUCCAUGUGUUCCAUCUGGUGAUUCGUCCAGGGUUUAACUCGUCUUUCACUCUUGGUCUGCUGGGAAAGGCUGAAUCCUCUCAGUGACCCUCCACAGGGUAACGCAGGUUCAACAUGACAGCAGCAUCUCUCAGGUGGGAAGGUGAACUGCAGCACUAAAACAGGCAGAAGUGAGUGGAAAUCUUGUGACAACCACCAAAACUCUCCUCUCUCCAUCACCCAGCAUCAUGGCUAAUGCUGAGGAAGUGGAGCAGGCAGGUCUGUCAGACUUGGAGAUCAUCUCCCAGCCGGUGGAGGAUGAGAACCAGUGCUUGGCUCCUCCAGUCCAGCUGGUGAGUUUUGGCUACAGAGAUCUGCCCCUCGCAGCUCUGGACCUCUCGCUGGCUGGGUCGCAGUUGCUCUCCAACGCCGAUGAAGAUGAAAACAGGGAAGGGUCCAACUGGCUGAAGCCAUGCUGUGGCCGUCGGGUGGCCCUGUGGCAGGUCUGCCUGCUCAGCGCCGGCUUCAACUGCAUCCUGGUGGCCUGCGUUAUCCUGGUGGUGCUCUUCCUGUCGCUGGAGCUGCUCAUAGACACCAAACUCUUACAAUUUUCCAAUGCGUUCCAAUUUGCCAGCAUUAUCCACUGGAUCAGCCUUAUCAUCCUGUCACUCUUCUUUUCAGAGACUGUCUUCAGGAUUGUAGUGCUCGGGAUCUGGGACUACAUAGAAAACAAAGUGGAGGUGUUUGAUGGUGCUGUCAUUGUGCUGUCCCUGGCCCCCAUGGUGGCCUCCACGGUGGCCAAUGGGCCCAGCAGCCCCUGGGAUGCCAUAAGCCUCAUCAUCACCCUACGAAUCUGGAGGGUCAAGAGGAUCAUUGAUGCUUAUGUGCUCCAAGUCAAGGUUGAGAUGGAAUUAGAGAUCCAACAGUGUGAGAAGACGAAGGCUGUGAGAGAGGAGCAGCUGGAGCGCCUCACUCAGAUCUGUCAGGAGCAGGCCUUUGAGAUCAGGCAGCUGAGGGCACAUCUGGCCCAGCAGGACCUGGACCUCGCAGCAGAGCGGGAAGCGGCCAUGCAGAUCCAUCAUGUAUGGGGCAAACAGGGCAGGAGCUUUCAGGUGGUAGAAGGUUUGACUCCUGGGGAGUCUGACGAUGAGGGCGGUCAGAGAAACCCCCGGGAGCCACAUGCUACUGCAGAUCCAGUAGUACGUGAUGACAUGAACAACUACAUCAGUCAGUAUUACAGUGAAGCGAGCAGUGAUGCUGGAGCUUCAGGCUUGGGAGCGCGGGUCAUCACCAUGGCAGCCAUUGAUGUUCACCUUCCCACCAGUACGAACCCCAUCCAGUCAAAUCCGAUGCUUGCCAUGGAGCGGGUGGGCAGCGCUGUAAGUGAUGCCUCCACCAGCAUAUCACGGUCCAGCGGCAGCCUGACAGCCCGCCCCCACAGCCUGAGUAGCCACACGCCCGGCUCCUCUAUGACAGACUGCAGCAGCAGCACAGCUCAGGACCUCAGUCUGAGCUACAGCUCCCAUCGCUGCUGCCCUCCUUCCUUCUCAGGCCAGGACCCCUGCAGGGAUCCCAGCAUGGUGGUGCAGGAGCUGCUCUCCUCCCUCUCUGAGGACUCCUGCUUGGCUCAAAAGGGCCUGGCGGUAGACCCUGUCAACCUUAAGCUUCCCAGUCCAACGGGUUCAGAAAAUGCAAGCCCUGAGCUGGACAACAGAAUAAACAUCUUCAAUCGCAGGAACCAGGAGGAGAGGCGAGGCCGGGGACGAGGCUGUGUGCUGUUGCAGACCAAGCCGCUGAUCCACCUGCAGGGCAGCAGCACCGAACCCUCUCUGGAGGAGAAGUACCGGCUGCUAGGACCAGCCGACUCGCCUCUGGGCCAUAUGCCUGAUACAUAAGCUACAUUUACACAGAAACAGAAGCUUUUGCUGUCUUUUUACUGCCAUCUUGUUUGGCAUAUAUCUGUACUCGUGUGACAGGUCCAACCUCCUGAGAGGGACCACAUGAGAUUUAAAAACUGAUUUUUCUGUUGCUGUGUAAAUCCGAUCUUAGCCAAUUCAGAGCAAGCUUGAGCCUUAGCUUCCAGUUAAAACUAAUGCUCCUUCACUUGACGUGUUCAGAAGUCAGUAGUAGAAGUGACAAUAAGAAUUCUUAGGCCCUUUGCCAUACUGUCCAACCUCCCGUGUUCCCCCUUAAUGGAUUUUUGAAAUCAGAAAUGCCCGGAUAUAGCACAACAAAGACAAUAACAUCCCAGUAAAGGGGCAUCUAAUGUGUUCUUGGACACAUUCUUCAUCAGGAAUUCUCACUUUGAAUAGGUCCUAAAAGCACUGAACUGUACAUGAAUUAAAACCAGCAAAGGGCCAUUCAAGCCUAUACUGAACAAAAACAGAAAUGCUGAACAGUGUUGCAAUCCUAGACACUGUUCUGUGGAAUUUUGAGCAGUUAAAGGAGUGUUUUCUAUUGCAUUUUGUUGUUAUUUUGUUUCUUUUCAUUUGUAUUCUAACUUAAACAUGAAUCUGUUCUUUGUUCAAACAGCCACAGGGUACAUAAGACUGGCUUAACGAUUCAAAUGGCCAAUUUUCUACCUUUGCCUUUCUGUCACCUAUUAGUUUGAUUUGAAACCUGACUGUCAUCAAAAUUUAUCGGAUAGCAUUUUUGUUUUUGGAAAAUAUUAGUAGGGUAUAUUUGUGUGGUUGAAUUGAAAAAGAAACUGUCUGGACUCUUCACAUGAAACUAGACUGGAGUGCUUGUAGCAUGAACCUUUAAAAGAUAUGUGCCAUAUUUGGCGAGCAAAUUCUUUGCACUUUAAUGUUUACAGACACUUUUGUAAACUUGAUAUGGAGGAAGUUAUUGCCAAAUGCAGGUGUUGUCAUUUGAAUGAAAAUAGCAAAAAUAAAAGUUAGUAUUUCCUUAA